AUGGCCAGAGAAGAGCCAAUUUCUGAGUUUACGUACGAGUAUGAGGCUGAAAUUGAUGUUAGUUUUUUGGACUUGUUCCCGGCGGAGUUCCUGCGCAAUCUCGUCACAAACACCAGCCUGCCUUUGACUCUGAACAACAACACACACAUCACAGACAUCGACAUGACUACUGAUAUAAAUGAAUGUCUGUUCUGUCCAUCUGUAUGUGGUCCAAAUUCCACUUGCACAAAUCAGUUGGGAAGUUACAAUUGCUCAUGUCUGGAUGGAUUCACUGCAACAAACUCAAGUCUCCCCAUCAGCAUCAAUAAUAUUUGUACAGAUGUAAAUGAAUGUCUCAAGACAUCAGAGUUCUGUGGUCCAAACUCUAAUUGCACCAACUCAGUUGGGAGUUACAACUGUUCCUGCUUGAGUGGAUUUACUGUAACAAAUAGCAGUGAACCAGUCAGCGCCAGUAACCCAUGCAAUGAUAUAAAUGAAUGUCAGUUCAUUCCAUCUGUAUGUGGUCCAAAUUCUGAAUGCACAAAUCAGUUGGGAAGUUACAACUGUUCCUGCUUGAGUGGAUUUACUGUAACAAAUAGCAGUGAACCAGUCAGCGCCAGUAACCCAUGCAAUGGUUUUGACUGUAAAAAUGAAGAACUUGGAGCUGGAAAAACAAAUGACGUGAAGACAGGAGUCUGUGGAACUGGCACCAAAGGCACCAAAACUUUCAGAUGUGAAUCAAAUGCUUGGACACCAUUUGAGGACAACUGUGUACUUGAAGUUAUCGACAACCUUAAAAACAAACUUGAGUCCUUGCGUGUGGAGGAGAUUCCAGGGUUUAUGGCUAACCUCAGCAUUGCCACAUCAGAGAAUAAUUUUAAUAUAACACAGUCUGCUGCUACUGUCAGAGCAAUUGUUGACAUACUCUUUAAAAUUGCUAAUUUGUCACAAACUAUUGUCAUCAAAAAACCAGUGAUGGAGAGUUUCCUAAACACAGUGGACAUUAUUGUAUCAGGCAAUGUCAGUAAUACAUGGAACAAACUGAACAAAGGCAACAACACAGGAGACACCAGCAUUAAACUUCUGAGUGCUAUUGAGAAUAUAAGUGACCGUCUCAGAGAUGAGUUUAAUAUCUAUGAAACAUCCAUUCAGCUGAAUAGAACUACAUUUAACAACUCAUUCACUUUAACCUCAGCACUGCCAAACUCAACAACAGAGAUUGUAUUACCACUGGUUCCUCAUGAGACUACCAUUACCAUCAUAAUCUUCACAACUCUUGACAAAGUCCUACCUUCUCAAGGUACUAAUGACAGCAGGAAAUCAGAUGUGCGCAUCAAUGGAGAUGUGGUUGUUGUUAAGGUUAAUGAGACUCUCAACAAUAUUUCUUUGACAUUUGACAUUACUAAUCAGUCUUUGGGAAAUCCUCAGUGUGUCUUUUGGAACUUUAAACUCAACACAUGGGAUUCCACUGGAUGUGAAGUAAAGCGGAACAGCACUGGUAACAUUACAUGUGAAUGUAACCACACAACCUCCUUUUCAAUCCUAAUGUCACCGUUUUCCAUUGAUAACAUAGCCUUAGCCUAUAUAACUUACAUUGGCGUAGCUAUUUCGAUGGCCAGCUUGAUUAUUUGUCUGAUUAUUGAGGCUAUUGUAUGGAAGUCAGUAAGAAGAAAUGACACGUCCUACAUGCGGCACGUCUCCAUAGUCAACAUUGCCGUGUCCCUGCUGAUCGCAAACAUCUGUUUUAUCAUUGGAGCUGCGAUCGCAGAACAAGAAAAGCCAACCUCAGUGGGUCGCUGCAGUCCAGUGGUUUUCUUCAUGCACUUUUUUUACUUGGCUCUUUUCUUCUGGAUGUUAAUGUCAGCACUGUUGCUCUUUUAUCGUACAGUUAUGGUCUUGUCUCAAAUGUCAAGGGCCAAAAUGAUGGUCAUUGCCUUCAUAGCCGGUUAUGGUGCACCUUUGCUCAUAGCGGUUAUUACUGUAGCAUCAACAGCUGGACCUCAAAAUUAUAUUUCCAAACAAAAUGCAUGCUGGCUGAACUGGUAUGAAUCAAAGGCACUGCUGGCAUUUGUGAUUCCAGCUCUCACUAUUGUAGCCAUAAACCUUGUGGUUUUGAUUGUGGUUCUGUACAAGAUGUUGAGGAGAGGAGUUGGUGGCACAACUCAACCAGAUGAGAAACAUGCCCUGGUGGUCAUUGCCAGAUGUGUGGCCAUUUUGACUCCUAUCUUUGGUCUAACAUGGGGAUUUGGAAUUGGAACCAUGGUGUCACAGGAUUUAGGCAUUCAUGUGGUGUUUGCACUCCUCAAUUCACUGCAGGGAUUCUUUAUUUUGGUGUUUGGAACGCUUCUAGACAGUAAGGUUCGUGAGUCUCUACCAGGAAAACAGUUGCUACAGAAACUCAGUUCCAGUCGUACCAAGAGCACCAGUGCUGGAUCAUCAUCUGCAUCUAGACUGCCUUUCUUGCAAAGGAACGGACGGAGACAUGUGCUCAACGUAUCUGAAACCAACCCUUCCUCGGCAGUUACAUCUUCAGACAGCUCCAAUGGCUCAUACGCUGUUAUGGACACUUAG